AUAAAUAAAACGUGUUGGCCUUGGAUUCUUAGAUAUGAUUAUCAUCUCUUAAAUUAUUUAAUCACACUACUAUAAACAUAUAUUCGAGAAAAUACUUAGAGUUUGAUAGUACUGUUUUAAUUCCGUAAAAAGAUGAUACCAAAAGAUAUAUGUGAUCUAGUGGAAGAGUCUUUAAAUGAUGAAAAGAUAGAAAACUUCGAAAUUGAAGAACAUGAAGGUAAUCAAAAAGGUCAGGGACAUUUAGGUGAGAUUGUAUUCUUAUCAUUGAAACACAAAAACACAGGAAAAGAGCAUCAUCUAGUCGUUAAACAAUGUCUCACAGGUUCUGAAGAAACUACCAAAUUGAUGUCGAUGUGUUUUAACAACGAAGUGCAUUUUUAUAAAAACGUGAUUCCAGCUUUAGAAGCGUUCCAAAAGUCUUAUCCUAAAGCUGAAAUUUUUAGCCAUAUACCAAGAUGUUUUGCAACGAGCUCGAAAAAAGGAAAAGAAAAAUUGGUAAUGGAAAAUUUAAAGAUAGAAGACUACAUAAUCCAUCCUAAGAAAGUGCCACUAAAUAGUAAAAUGUACGAGAUAAUUUUUAAAACGUAUGGAAAAUUUCAUGGAAUUUCCUCCGCUUUUAAGCAUUACCAUCCUGAACAAGUUAGCGAAUUAGGCAAAGGGUAUCAAUCCACUCUCAAAACGUUUUUUGAUGGAGGUCUGAUGCAAAAAGCAAUUAUAGGUAAUUGUAACAAAAUAAAAGAAUUUUUAGAAGAGGAAGAUGAAAUAAAAAUUCUCGAUAGUUUUAAAAAAUAUUGUGAUAACGGUCCUCAAAUGUUUCUUGAUGCACUUGACUACAAAAGUCCAUAUUCAAUUUUGAUCCACGGUGACUCUUGGAGUAAUAAUAUGAUGUUCAAAUACAACAAAUCGGGAGAGAUAGAAGAUAUUAAAUUGUUCGACUUCCAACUGGCUACUGUAGCUUCACCUGUUCUGGAUCUGACGUAUAGUUUCUACUCAGGAGCUGACGAAGAAAGCUUAUCUAAGUUGGAUCAUUUCCUUGAAAUAUAUUACAAAAGCCUUAGUGAUACCUUAAAGGAGUAUGGAUGUAUUGCAGAAAAAAUUCUGCCAUUUACAGAAUUAAAAAAAGAAUGGAAAGAACAGAACGCAUUUGGUGUUUUAAUGGGAUUAUCUAUAUGGAGCAAUAAAAAUUUGGAUCCAAGUGACACACCAAACAUCGCUGAAAUGAUGGACCCAGAUUCCACUGAAGAUAUCAGUCAACUAAUUAACAAGACGGAUUCUGUAGGUUUUAAAAGAGCUAGUUUAUCAUUGAUGAGACAUUUGUACAAAAAUAACUUUUUAUAACUAUUUAACACCAUAGUAUUUUUUAUUGUAAUAUUCAGUAUUUUUAAGAAAUUGUUGUUUAUUCUGCUUUAAUAAAUUAUAUGUUAAUUUUUUUUGUUAUAAUAAACAGUAUAAAAAUGA